GCCCCACCCCAGAGGGGCCGCGUCCCAGCGCCGGGGGAGGGGUCCCCGUAUAACCGGCCCCCGCCCCACCCCAGAGGGGCCGCGUCCCAGCGCCGGGGGAGGGGUCCCCGUAUAACCGGCCCCCGCCCCACCCCAGAGGGGCCGCGUCCCAGCGCCGGGGGAGGGGUCCCCGUAUAACCGGCCCCCGCCCCACCCCAGAGGGGCCGCGUCCCAGCGCCGGGGGAGGGUCCCUGGACUCUGGCCCUCGGGAAUCGCGGAUCCUGGACUCGGCCACGCGUUGCUUCCAGAGACACUUGAGGGGCCCCGAGCAGCCCGGCCUGCGCUCUCCGGCCGUGGGGGGCCCACUUCGAAUCUUCCCUCCCCAGCGCCCCCCUGGUGGCAGAUGAGCUGGGAGUCUCAGCCCCCUCUCUGGGCUGGACAGGCUGGGGGCCUGAAUUACCUCCCUGCCCCAGAGGUCAGCCCAGCGGCCUCCUCACUGACCCACCCAGCCGGCUUUACCCCGGAAUGGUCCCUUUCAAUUCAGCCCGGGGAGGGGGCUGCGAGCCAGGACUCCUGGGUUCUAUUUUGGCUCUGGGAGGGGAGUGGAGGCUAAUGGUUACAGCAGGGGGUCUGGGAGCCGGACUCCUGGGUCCCCUCUUGCUGGGGGGCCCUGCUGCUGACUGUGACACCCCUGCCCCCCACAGGGUGACGUAGGGCUGGCCAUGGGGAAACUCUACGGCAACGACUUCAGCCAGACGACCAUCUCCCGCUUCGAGGCCCCGAACCUCAGCGUCAAGAACAUGUGCAAGCUGAAGCCGCUGCUGGAGAAGUGGCUCAAUGAUGCCGCUCCAGGAACUGCUGCAGUUCUUCUGCCACCAGCAAACACCAGGCUGCACCAUGGCCUAUCAGGCGGAGACCGUGCAGCCCGGCCGGGUGCAAACCAGCUACUCCUACGGCACCUCCAGCGCCUGGAGCUCCGGGAUGUGCGACUGCUUCGCAGACAUGGGCGUGUGUCUCUGCGGUACCUUUGUGCCCUGCAUCCUGGCCUCCCAGGUGUCCCAGGACUUCGGCGAGUCCUGCCUCCUGCCCUGCCUGCCGGGCACCCUGCUGGCCCUGCGCACAGGGGUACGGGAACGGUACCACAUCGAGGGCAGUAUCUGCGACGACUGGCUCGUCAUGGCCUGCUGUGGGCCCUGCGGCCUUUGCCAGCUGUCCCGGGAGCUGUCGCACCGGAGAUGAUGGGCCAGGGGACCCCCGGCUCCGGCUAGAGGGCUCUGAACUGUCGCUGCAGCUGGAAGAAAAUCUCUUGCCCCCCCCUCCCUUGC